CGGACAUCGGUAAUUAAAAGUACUUCCCCAUUGGCGUAUUGACAUCUGGAUCUACGUUAGUAUUUAUACUGCUAUUUGACAUGUGACUAACGCAAGGAUUUUAUUCAUUUACGUUCAAGUUGUUAUAGACUAGAAGAUAAAAUUCGAGAUGCUUCCAAGGAUGGCGUUACAUGUGUAUGUACUUGCUGUGGUAUACAUAUUCAGUUUCGUAGGAAGAUCUUUUGGAAGUGAAAAAUAUGGCGACUGUAUUAAGUAUGCAGUAUGGGAAACCAAAUCUGAGCUUCCAAAUGGUGACAGGUUUUGUUUAACAGAAGACGAGUCUGUGUAUUGUAAGGAAUUUGAAUGUCCCGCCACUGAGUGUGAACAACCAAUAGUUCCUGAAACAGGUGGAUGUUCUUACUGUAAAGGUUCAUGUAGUUAUGGAGGAGCCAUUUAUCCAGUUGAUCCAAGGUUUCUGAUAGACUGUCUGGAUGGAUCAAAUCGCUGUUCAUGUGGCGCCAAUAAUAGUAUAGCAUCUUCAAGACGAGGCACAAUUCCAAGAUGGAUGUGCUUCAAGAAGGGAUCUUAUAAAAGCUAGUUGUCAGGAUCAAGGCGAACAGAAGUAUUCAUGAGAAAGACGACCUACAUGCUCUUUCUUCAUAUUCUUUUUGCUAUCAAAAUAAAAUAAAUAAAUAUAAAUCUAUCAAGAGAAGAUUCUCGUAUGUUUUUA